UUGUACUCACCAGGCACGCGGGCACCUGCACGCGUGGCGCGUUCUCUCCACUUCAACGUGUGUGUAUGUACAUGUAGCUUCUUGUUUCCUCACCGGCUACACACCUUCGUUCGUUUGCUGUCACAUUGCACCUCGUGCACUGCACCUUCGUACAGCUCUGCAGUGUUGGAGACCCCCGGCGUUUUGACGACGACACGGUCGGCAUCACCACCUUGUACCUAUCGGCUCGCUAGUCCGCCACACCUGGGCCGCGCCCGACGCAAAUCCAGCAUUAUUGAACCCUAGGUUUCAGCGGUUACUAGGGGCAACUGACAGUUAGCACGCGUUCCACAAACAAUAUGACCACCGCAACAGAGCCUACAAUAACGUUAAGUCAGAGCAUGGACUCAGUGAAUACAGCUUCUGAAGAAGAGGUGCGCACGCUGUUUGUCAGUGGUCUUCCCAUGGACGCGAAACCACGAGAGCUGUAUCUGUUAUUUCGAGCGUAUAAGGGCUACGAAGGUUCUCUCCUGAAGGUGACUAGUAAAAAUGGAAAAACAUCCUCACCUGUUGGAUUUGUAACGUUUAAUUCCCGCGCAGGUGCAGAGGCGGCAAAGCAAGAUCUCCAGCAAGGAAUUCGUUUUGACCCUGACCUUCCUCAGACGAUUCGACUAGAAUUUGCAAAGAGCAAUACGAAGGUUAGCAAACCGAAACAGCAGUCGCCUCCCGCAGCUGCUACCUAUCCAACCUUGCUACACCCUGUCACAGGACAAGAAAUUGGAGCUGCUCUCCUGCCAGGAGUUCACGACGGCUGGUCUCCACAUCCUCUUUCUUAUGCUGAAGUACCGGUAACGUCAGCUCUCCAUUCUCCUGCUUUAUUACAUCCAGCGCUGCAUGCUCAACUUCCGCCCCCUUUGACAGUACACCCAGCUCUUUCGCACGCUGCUCUUGCGGGAACUGCAGCUAUUCACGCCACGAUACCACCCUCCCAUCUGGUGGCGAGUCCGGCGUUAGCCAGUCCUGUAGGCUCUGCCUCGUCUGUAUCUAAUACACCUCCUUGUUCAACUCUCUUUGUUGCAAAUCUAGGCCAAUUUGUUUCAGAACAAGAACUCAAAGAUCUUUGGCUGUUCUCUUUCAGCUUUCCUGGUUUUUGCCGUCUGAGAAUGCACAACAAAGGAGGAGCACCGGUGGCUUUUGUUGAAUAUCAGGACGUACGUCUAGCAGCACAUGCCAUGAACGCUUUCCAAGGCUACGUUUUGUUUUCUUCAGAUCGCGGAGGAAUCCGAAUUGAAUACGCUAAGAACAAGAUGGGAGAGGUCUCUCGUGAUUAAAAGAAGAAAAUAUCCAGUGGACUGGCAGUUUGAUGUUUGAUUAUUAAAUUAAUGACUUAUGUUUAAGUUGUUCAAAAUCGUUUUAUUAUGGUGUAGUAUAGUUUAAAACAUAUGAAAAUCUUUAAAUGGAAACCGAUUUUACAAAAGUUUGGCGUUUUAUUUUAGGAAGUGCUUUGAAUAGUUUAAACUUUGAUUUAAAAAGUCUAUGAUAAUAAUUAAAAUUUUGUAUAUUAAUUUAAUAUUAUGUUUUGUACAUUUACGGCGUUUUGAAUAUGUUUCUUCUGGAAGACUUUGUGCAACAUAAUGUAUUAGAAAAACUGUAUCCACAGCAACUGAUGAAGUUAUAUUUUUUCUUACCAACCUGAGAUUUCGAAUUUGUUAAAUACAACAUGACCUUUAAUAUGUGACCGGUAAAUAUAUAUAUAUAUAUAGAUAAAUAAUUUUAUCUCAGUUUUUCCGCUGUAAAAAACUUAUGUAAUCUAUAUUGCAGUUACCAGUUUAGUAUCUUUAACGCUUGUAUUGUUCAAUAAAAUAAAUAAUUAUUAAAAAUCAAUGAUAAUAAAUAUAAUUAUGGAAUAAUUCAAUAAGGUUCUUUCAAUAAUUAACAUGAAAUACCAGUAUGAGAGAAAUGUGUAUUUAAAAACAUCUGUAAUCUUUAAAAUCUAAUGUUUCUAGGAAAACCAAGUUUAUAGUUCAGACUUAGUCUAUACAUUACUCCACGAUUAAAUACUUUCGUUAGUAUGGACUGUUUUGAUGCAAGAGUAAUGUAACAUGGUUUAGGUCCAAAUCUUUCCACUGAUUUAAAAAUUAUCAAUUUCCAAAAAAUUUAAAACAUGAAAACCUGUAUAAUGUAUGUAGAGAAUCAUUGAUUAAUUAUUGAGCUCAAUAGAUUUAUUAUGCUCUAUAUUAGGUUUCGGAUAGGAACAAAUUUUGAAAUAGGAGUUGCAUCUUUUCAGACGUAAACUGCAUGGUUGCGUAAAGAGUGUAUAUGCUCUCCAUGUCUAUAUACUGAACAAAAGUGUUAUGAAAUAUUUUUCCCGGUCACGUGUUUACUGAAUGAAAUCACAGGAGUAUAAAUGGUAAGAAAAAUAUAUAUAAAUUUGUAGUAGUAGAUUCAAAGUUGUGAGGGUACAUUUCUGGUUGCAUAAGUCAGAAUGUGUUGUUAUAUGGGAUGGUCAUAUGGUUGUUUUCUAUAUUGUGGAUGAAAUAUUGAACAGGAUACGAACAAAAAUGCUGUGCUACAUAAAAAGUAAAAUAUCUGGUCAAUAGAAUAGUUCCAUUUUUUAUAAUAUCCAUAAUUAUAAAACUCCCAUGUUAUGUUUGUCUUUCAUGAAAACUAAACAGUCUAUGGUAAAAUAUACUUUAAUUAUUUCAAACAAAUGUUAAAAGAAAAUGUUACACGAAGAAAAGGUCCGGAUUUGUAUUCAAUGUGAGUGUAGCAGUGCUGAAAGGUUCUUUAUGUCUAAAGUUUAAAACCGAAUUUUAUUAUGGGAGCUGUAACGAAUAUGAAAAUAGUAGAGAGUGUAAUUUAUGUACAAGUCUGUGAAAAAAACAAACAAAUAUGGUUUGUAUAUCACUCCCAAACACUGGCCGUUGGUGAAACACACUAGAAUAAGUGGUCAUUAUUUUUCCUAAUAUUAUGGCAUUCUUUCAAUGUGUAAAGAAACCGGUUAUGGGGAGUUUUGUGAACCUUUUUAUUGAAUAACCAGUAGAAACAAGAUAUCCUUCAAAUUAAGCAGAAAAAAAAUUAAUUGUAUAUUUUGUGAUAAGAUCAAAUUAACUGAGUGAGAAUUUAACUUCUGAAAAGUUUCACACAUAUCAGAGAUGUUUUGAUAAGACAUUCUCAUUGGAUUUAGAUCGUUCAAAAUGUUUCCACUUUUUCAUGUUCAUUUCAUUAUUCCUCAAUCCAUUUCUCUAUAUUUUCAUAUCUAGGCUAUUGCUGCAGAUGACAGCUAAUAAUUGUUUGUGCAAAAAUCAUGACAAGACAAAUAGAAGCCACUAUGCAAGUAAUCCCUAUUGCAUUCUUAUCGUAGAAAUAAGCUUACUGUGAUUACCUCGCAUGGUUGCGAUGGUUAUGAAGAUUCUUAGAAAUUAUUGUCAUUGUGGUUAGGAUUUCCUUUUGGUUUUCUUAUAUUAUACCCAUGUUUAACAUGAAAGUGUUAGAAGUGAAAUUAACCCUAAUAAUGAUUUGCGUGGUAAUCAUAUAUUUUGUGUAGAUGUAUAUUGGUAGCAGAAGAAAUGUUUCAAUUCUUGAUUCCAAUAGUUGCUUAUGUGGUACUCCCCAUUAAGAUAUCAUACAGUGUGACUUUGAAUACUUUUCUAUUUGGAUAAGUCACGGGUCUGUCUUAUAUUCUAGUCGCGACACCUAUGUAGGGUUUGAAAGAUGGGUCCAAUAAAUACCCUACUUUCUAAGGAUGGAUAAUCCAUUAAGGAUUUCCAUAAACACAAACAGUGGAUAUAGAAAUGAGGAUUUCUAGAGAUUAGGCUUCCUCACUAUUCUGGAAUGAGGUAUCUUCUAGGAGCUUUAGUCGAAGAGUGCUAUUUUGAGGAUAUAGAUCCUGCUUAUUUGUCGUAUUUUUUCCUAGUGCCCUUCCUACUACAAAUACAUUUUUUUGUUAAAUUUCAUCAUCUUCUAUAUAUGUUUAAUCUACCUCUAUAAUUCUUGCUUUUACAAAGCUGUGUUCUAUAUUUUCGAAAAGGUAUUUAUACCUUGUUAAGCCUUUUCUCUAUUCGACUUUAACGAUAUUUAUAUUAAAUUUCCUGCUGUUACUAAGGAAUUGUUCUUUACUUUUGUAAGUAUAUUAGUGUAGUCUUUCUGGACAAAGGCUUUUCUUUUUUCUCUUAUUCAACUGUCCUUGGAAGUUUUAUACAUUUCCUGGCCUAUAGUCUUCUGGUAGAUUUGCUCGUGUUUAAUCUUCUGGGUUAUGGAUAUGCAAGGAUUAUUUUUCAUUACGUCAUGCUAUCCCAGAUCUGUUCUGUUGUUUAACUCGAGCGUUUUCCUUAUUUACUGACCCUGCUACGAUAAUUACGUUUGUUACUUUUACCAUCCUACUGAAUUAAAUGUCUCAUACAGAGUUUGGUAUGCCUCUUUGUUCGUGAAGUCCUGUUUAAUUGGUCUAAACUGUAAAUCAGUCGAUUGCGCGUAAUAAACUGAGCAUCAGAGUAAGUAUUUCGGCGUAAAAUUUGGAACCCUCCCUGCUUUUUACAAUCUAAGAAAUUCAUAUUAGGCCUAAUGAGCAGCGCUCCCCAUAUUGGUCAUCGGGGUCCAUUUGUAGGAAAAAGACGUACCAAGUACAUCCUGAGAAUAGAGUCAUUCAAAUAUUUCACUUAUAGCAUGAUGAUAAAAACCAGUCUGACAGAAGUUCCGACUUUUAACAUAAAGUUACUCACUAAGUCACUACCAAACUAAGAUUACCUACUACUGUAAAAUGGGUAAAAAUACGCUUUUAUAAUAUAAAUAUUACGUGAAUCAACGUGUAGAAACAGCUGGUUAAUAGAAAUGGUAUUACUAUUUUCUCUUGGUUAUAGAUCAAAUAAACUUUAUUUAGAUGUAUGACAUUGAAGCCAGGACCAAAUGACUUGUUCAUUGUUGUCAUAGCAACUAUAUACUAAUGAUGAACCUCUUACGCCUUCUAGUGAAACAAAUGUACAGUUUUAUGCAGUAAUGUGAAAAUCAUAUUCCGUUAUAUUUUGCAUAUUAUUUCCAGAUUAUUCGUUUAUUUAUUGGAACUCUUGAGCAUGAAAUUAGUUUGUAAAAAUAUUUUAACACACACACACAAUUACAUAGUACGUUCACAGACGUUUUCGGGUUGUUUUUUUAUUAAUUAAACAAACGUUUUUGAGCCAUCACUUCUUACACAUACAAGUCAUCCUAAAUCUGAAUGUUCGCGUGGAUUAGGCCUUUUUUGGAAGUAGUCCUUCAGAAUGUAUAUUAGACUUUAGUUGUCCAUCGUUCACAAUCGCCUCAGUUUAUAUUCUGAAAUAUACGUGGUGAUUGCAAUUUUCCCUAUGCACCAGGUUUUUGUGGCCCGUUAAUUAGAGGAAGACCACUUUUAAAAUAAAACAUGGUCUAAAAAUUUAGUAACAUUGUAUCCAAAAUGUUCAAAUCUAUGUAAUUUAUUUUUGAAAGCAGAAUUUUUAUGCCAUUCUAAAAAUAGUUUUACAUCUAUGUAAAUUUUGCUUAAACUGGCAUUUGAGAAUUGAGAAACAUCUGAGCUUGUCCCACAACUGAUUGAAAAAUAAAAUUGAUACAUUUACAUUAAAAACAAAAACAUAUUCUGCUUAUUAUAAGCAAUUAUAUAUAAUGUUAUGCGUGUAUCUUCUAUUCAUGAAACGUUUGAAUUUGACCCAGAACUGAUUGAAAAAUGAAAUCAAUACGUUUAUAUUAAAAAAAAUACAACUUAUAUUCUGCUCAUGAUAAACAAUUAUAUAUAUUUAUGUGUGUAUCUCCUAUUCACGAACAGGGACCAUUUCGACAUAACCUAGUUUUCUUUUAUAUUCGCCUAGUUUAUGUAACAAAUACAGUUACUGUACAUACACAUGUUUUUUGAGGUAUUUGAAAAGUAUUAGGUAAGCAUACAAAUGAAAUACUGAGGUGCGGGUAAACUACAAUUUGCCACUUUCGUUAUUAUAAAUGAGCUAAAGGUGAAUGCUUUGUGACAUAGACUUGUAUUUUGUACUAAAUGCAUAAUAUCUUAGUGUUUGACUGAAAUUGGAGAGUUUGGUUGCAUUCACACAAAAGGCCCUGUAUAGCAAAAACUAAGAAAUUCGCGUUCUUUUGUAGCAUUUCUGGACGUUUGGAAUAGGGCGAUUUAAGGGUUAAAAAGACGGAGUUAUAGAUGAUAAAUAGCAUUUCAAAUCAUAUGUCAUUGUCGAUAUAAGACAAUACUAAGUAGAAUUACUCAAUCUCAGGAUGCCUUGUAGGAAAUGCACUUGUUAAUUCGUCACUUACAGAUGAUAAACUUUAUGGAAAUAUUUUGGUGGAAAUGUGUUACUUGUCAGACCUUCAAAGGUUUCUGGAAAUACUUGAGAUGCGGUUCUCAAAGUUGAAAGGAAAACACAUUCGUGGUACCUGCGUAGAUUGCUUUAUACAUUUCUUAUAGCUUUUAAUUUUAUUUUCUUCUGUUGUUUCAAGGAAUAUAACAACCCCAUAAUAUUCGUCAGUCUUUAAUAGCAGUAAAACUAGAUUUCUGGAUAAAAAUGAUUGGUGUGUAACUUGGAUUUUUUUAGAAUCAGAUUAGUAAAGAAAAAAAAACAAAUUGAACUAGAUUUACGAUAAAUAACUGAUAUAUAUAGAGAGAGGACAUACUUCUGGAUUUCUUAGUCCGUAUGACUGAGUUUUAGCAAACAUAUCUGCAUUGCAUCAUCUCUGAGAAUAAGAACUUGUUAGUUAUAUCAGGUCAACCGUAUAAAUCUUUUUAUGCAUGGUACAACAAUGAAACUUUUUCGAAUAACCUGUCAUUUAGAUUGAGCUUUUCCAAAGCAAUCUGAUGAGAAGGUUACAUUUGAAUAACGUGUUUGAUUAAUUCCUAGCAAAUUCUUGCGGCGAUCUUGGUAUGAAUGGUUAACCCUACUGAAAUAUUAGUAAAGAACAGACUGAGAGAUUAACAAUGCGCCUUAUGCCUGAGGAGUGAAAUUUAAGGACUUGCAACAAUGAAUUCCGUCCAUGUCAUUGCCUCUAUUUGCUAUUAUUGCAGUACUUUUGAAACUGUUUUGCGAAUAAUGCAUCAUUUCAUAUUUGUAAUGGUAGUCAGAGAUAAGGAUAUUAAAAUGUAUAGAUGUUCUGUAGUGCUUUUACUUGUAGAUUCGUGUCUUGCCCAUAGUUCCUUUAAGAUAUCUGUCGAAGCUAUGUUAGAUAUCUAAUGAAAUAGAUUCAUAAUUGCUAUAUUCUAACCCCGCGUGUGGUUUGUUAUUUAACGUUUCAAUUUAACUUGUGGCUUGUGGUGACUUUAACAACUUAGAUCGAAAAAAAUGUUUGGAUCAAAUGAUAGUGUAGAAUACAAAUAACAUAACUUGCUGGUUUUAGUACAAUUAUGUGGGCAAUUUUUUGAAGUUGAAUCAGUUAAAUAGGUCUGUGUAUGCUAUUAUGAGAUGCAUUCUAGUAGAAAAAAUCUUUAAGUAAUAAAAUCGCGACGUAAAAUUCGUAUGACUCUGUAUAGUACAAUAGAUGCUUGAAAAUAAAGAUCCUUGUGUGAAGAA